UCUCCCUCAGGAUGACUGGGAGUGACGCAGGGCAGACGGAAAAAACUGGGGCUUGAGGGGAAGGACGGCGGUGAUGCAGGAAGGACUGUAGCUUUAUUUAUUUCACAGGUUCAAACCCGACGCACGACCUGGCUGCCUGCACAGAGGACAUGAGAGUCACCUGCAUGCAGACUUCCCUGUGAGACGUUAACAGCUAAUCAGGAAUCAUCCACUUGGAUCAGUGUGGAUUCAACACUCCCAGGUAACGUUGAUGCCUGCUUUUCCACGCAGGAAUUCAGCCUAGUCAUUCAUUUUUUCCCUACCUGAGCACCAAGUUGUAAGCCGCAUUCAGUGGGAGAAUAAUCGGACCCCCGUCGGUUAUUUCAGUAAACCUCCAUCAUGAACUACCUGCGUCGACGACUCUCGGACAGCAAUUUCAUGUCCAACCUACCCAAUGGCUAUAUGACCGACCUCCAACGCCCCGACCCGCCGCAGCAGAGCCCCGCAGUGUCGCCGGGGCCGUCGGAGAGGCGCCAGUCCACCAGCCAGCAGCAGUCUGGAGGCGGAGGUGGAGGAGGAGGCUCCGGCUUCUUCUCAUCCAUAUCCAAUGCUGUCAAACAGACCACAGCUGCUGCGGCCGCGACCUUAUCCGAGGCAGCGGACCGGGCAGGAGUCACCAGCACCGCCAAGAUCCUCCUGGUUGUCGACGACCAGCAGACCGACUGGGUAAAAGUCUUCAGAGGAAGAAAGGUCCACGGUGAAUUUGACAUCAAAGUAGAACAGGCGGAGUUCUCUGAGAUCAACCUGGUGGCAAACGCCACAGGAAGCUACAACGUGGACAUUGAUGCCAUCAGGAGUGGGCAUAAGGUUACUAAAUCGUUUAAGCCUGACUUUGUGCUGAUCAGACAGCAUGCUUUCAGCAUGGACAAGAACGGAGACCACCGGAACAUAGUGAUUGGUUUGCAGUAUGCUGGAGUGCCAAGUGUUAACUCUUUGCACUCUGUCUACAAUUUCUGUGACAAACCCUGGGUGUUUGCGCAGAUGUCUAGACUUCACAAGCAGCUGGGCCCAGAGGAGUUCCCACUGAUUGAGCAGGUUUACUAUCCAAACCACAAGGAAAUGAUCACCUCCCCUCGAUUCCCUGUAGUGGUAAAGAUGGGCCAUGCUCACUCAGGAAUGGGAAAGGUGAAAGUGGACAAUCAGUAUGAUUUUCAAGAUAUUGCGAGUGUCGUGGCGCUGACCAAGACUUAUGCCACAUCUGAGCCUUUCAUUGAUGCAAAGUAUGAUGUUCGCAUCCAGAAAAUUGGUAACAAUUACAAGGCUUACAUGAGAACAUCAAUUUCAGGCAACUGGAAAACUAACACUGGCUCAUCUAUGCUUGAGCAGGUGGCCAUGUCAGACAAGUACAGAAUGUGGGUGGAUUCUUGUGCAGCCAUCUUUGGAGGGUUGGAUAUCUGUGCUGUUGAAGCUUUACAUGGUAAAGACGGAAAGGACUACAUAAUAGAGGUUGAUGACUGUUCGAUGCCACUGAUUGGAGACCAGCAGGACGAGGAUCGCGUUCAGAUCGCAGAACUGGUGAUUUCUAAGAUGAACGAGUCUGUUCCACGCACUUCAAGCUCUUCCACAGUCCGAGCCACCGCAGGACAGCCAGCACAGAAGGCGGUGUCUCCUCAGCCUGUCUCUCAGCCCAGAGUACCACAGAGUCAGCAGCGUCCUUCACCUCAGGGUGGUCCUCAGCAAAGUCCACCAUCUCAGCAGCGUCCACAGCCUCAAGGCCAGCCUCCUGCACAGGCUCAGCAACCUGCUGCCAGUCCUGCGUCAGGUGACUCCAGCACCCAGGCUAAGCCUAACCAAGGACCUGCAGCCCAAUCGCGGCCAGCAAGUCAGGGUGCUCCUCAAGGCCAGAGACCUGCUGCUGGUCAGGGUUCUCCUCAGAGGAGCCAAGGAGGUUCCCCUCAAACUCAGAGGCAACAGUCUGUGACACAGCAACAGAAACCCGGUGCAGGGGGCCAGAAACCUCCACCGCAACAGAGGCCUGCUCCACCCAGGCAGCUGUCACAGGGCGGGUCACAGAAGGCUGGUGGCCCGCCAGGUCGUCCUGGAGCACCCACCACCCAGCAGCCACGCCCGGCUGCUCAAGGCCAGGGGGGCCCAGGAGGACGCCCCCCUCUGCAGCAGAAGCCUCAGCCCCCGCAGAAGCCCAGUCAGGACAGCCCGGCUAUGGGCGGCUCCCCACAACUAAACAAGUCCCAGUCUCUUACCAAUACCUUCAACAUUCCAGAAACCCCAACACCACGAGCCAGCCUUAGCCAGGACGAGGUGAAGGCUGAAACCAUACGCAAUCUACGCAAAUCUUUUGCCAGUCUCUUCUCAGACUGAGACGGCAUAAGCUCCCCCUUCCCUCCUCCUACUGACAGAAAUAUGGACAGGCAAACUGAAGGACAGACCCCUUCUCCCCCCACAACGACCAAGGACCAACAGGAUCUCCAAUUCAUGUACAUUGAGUCUGAUAUGAAAAUGUACACACUUGACACCCACUGCCUAAACAGUCAAAAUCUUUUAAAAUGAACAAACAGUAGAAUACAGUAGGGCACUGAUGUCUGAAACAUUCCUUGCCUUGCCUCAAGCUUUAGCCAGUCAUUUACUGAAGUCACAUGCACACCACACAGAAGCCCGUAUAUGCAUGAGCACACAUACGCAAAAAAGAAGACGCAAAGCAACACAAUACUUCUGCCACUUGUUAUGUUGGUGCCGUAAAGUCAUUGUGGUCUUCAUGUUCAUAUAAAUUAAGGGACUGUAUGAAAGUUAAUGGGUUAGGGAGGAUUAUAGAAUUUUGUUUUAUAAAGAACAAGCCCCUCCUCAGUGUUAUUGCCUCUAGUUAUCUCAAAAUUAUAUAUUUAUGGCAAUCAUACUGAAAGUGUGAAACUACAGCUGCUCUAUUAUUGAAUAAAGAGCUGUUAAAUGAAUAUUAUAGCCACAGAAUAGAACAAGCAACAACUCUGUGCUGAAGGGCUUGUGAACUGCAUUAGUUUCACCCCAAUCCAUGUCCUCCACAUGUGGCAAAAUGCAUCUCCGUAGCACACAUGAACCAUUUUUUAUUAAAUGUCUUUUUUUAUUUGUUAAAUUUGACAUCAAGCACAUAUAUAGGUUUAAAAAAAAUCCUCUCCUGCUCUCCCAAAAAUGUUAAUUUCAGCAAAAACACAACUUACCUGACACUCCAUCCUUUCCUGACGCCCUCCCUUCCAAUAGUUUUUGUACAGUACCUUACUCACAACAGCUGCACACUUAGAAUGUCCAGUGUUAGCAAACGCUAGAUCUCUUUGAGAUGUUGACCGCUCAUGGUGGUGUCUUAGCUGCAUGUCAACAGGAGGCAAUGGUUGCAUUUUCCAACCCCUGACUUUGGCGCUUGUAACUGUGUCGUCACACGUAGUUGAAUUAGUUAGUAAAGUAGCCUAGUAGGUGUCGUGAGUAUCUUGUUGCUCCCACGUUUCUUCCCAUUUUCUCGUCGCACAAGAACAAAAGCCCAAAAGCUCUCCACUUUUUGAAAGCAUGCCUUCCACAGACAAGAAGGUCAAAUCAAAUGGAGCUGUCUCAGGGAUGUCCAAUUGAUUGUGACACUUGUGUGUGGGUGAGGGUCUUCCAUUACAGUCUUAUUGUGGUUGUUUACAAAUCAUGAAGGAAAAGCAUGCAUUAUAAUGAGGUAGAAUGUUUUAUUAUUUCAAAUACAUUUUGCACACAGAGUAUACUGCAAAAUUAUACUUGAAUACAAAGACAUGGACUGAUGUAUGAAGUCUACAUUUUCAGGUUUUAUUCAUCUGCCAUGUGACAAAGCAACAACUCACCGUUCCCACUCUGGGGUGCUGCUGUGUCUGUGACAGGUGAGGUCCAAUGGGAUGAUACAGAAUAGAUAGGGUUGGCAACUGUUCAGGUACAGUUAGAAGAAAAAUGACAUUAUUUCAAGUUUCAUCUCGUAGUCCCAUGAUUUCAAUGCAAUGUGAAGAGAAAGUCUUAAAACCAGCUUGUGAAUUUAGUGGAUGUACAAUAAGUUCUACAUCAUGUCAGGUUGACAUUAGCAGUAGGUCAGUGCGUUGGGAUGUUGCACUUAACUUCAACCCAGAGUCUGUAUCGUACAGCGCAGCAGAGUUUCUGCUUUCAUAUAUUCUUCUCCGCUUUCAACGGGUUCAUAGUCUGUAAGAAGAGGUCAUACUCCAAAGCGUACUCAGCCAAGGAAUGAUACAUUUUUGAGCAUCAUCUGUACAAUAACGAAAGGUAAGCAAUGUAAAGGUAUAGGAAUGUCAACCGAGGGAUGCUCCUCUGCAGUAGCACGUACUGCCACCCAUCCUUUGCACUGACAAAUCUUUCUUUGCUCACGACUCUGAAAAAUCCAAGCGAUUCUCUUUCAAGGCACUAAAAACGUCUUCCAGAAGGAGUGCAUUAGAUAUGAAUGUUUAUGUAGUAUGGCAAUAUCAUGCUUUAUAGAGAAGACCCAAUAGCCAAAAGUAUAAAGGAGUCCUGGUUCCCCUGCAGAUUCUUCAUGCCGCCUGUGUUUAUCGGCCUAUUUGUGUCGCCACAGUGACCCCUUGUGCUCAAUGGUGCAUAAACGUGUGAAUGUUGUUCUGUAACUGGUCUAACCAAAUAGAUGUGUUGUACAGAGCUCUGAGCGAUACAGAUUGUCACCUUUCUCCCCCUGCUGCUACCUGUGCUUGUUGAUAUUAUGUGUGUCUCUAAAUUUUUUUUAUCUUUUAACAUUAUUUUGCAAUUAUUUGCAUAAUUUUCUUCAAUGAAGCAUCACUAUCUGGGGCUUGUGAGUUUAUGCGUUAGUAGUUGAGGGCUGCAUUUUUAAAACUUACAGUAACUCGGUGUCAGUACAUAAUUGCCAGAUUUAUCACAGCACAGCCUACUGUCAAGAGAAUCAGCAAGAGCAGUAAUUGUUACACUGAGUGUGUAAUUUGUGAAAAUGAGCCAUCACAUUUAGCAUGGAUGGUUGAUUUUGAAAAAUGUCACUCUGUCACUCAGAAGCCUCUUGGCUAUAUUAAGACGUAACAUUUGCCAUGGUGCUGACAGACUGAACUGACAGCAAUACAAAGACGCAGAUUUUUAUUUGUGUUUUUUUAAUAUUCACGGAUACGUUCUUUCUUUUUAAAAGUUUACAUUAGUUAUGGUGGCUAUAUUUGACUGUGAAUGUACAUCGUUUUCUUUGUUCCUGCUUGUUUUCUAAAAUGCACCGUAUAAUCAUUGUGAAAAGAUGAAGUCCUUACAAGUUUGAGUGAAACUGAUUGUCAGUCGAUGCCUGCCAGAUUUAAAAACAUACAUCAUAAAUGUAAGUGCAAAAAUUUAGCAGAGGUUUUUGUUAAUCAAAAAUAAGAUACUGCAUAAUGUAAAUCAUGGUGGAUUAUUGAAUUAAUUGUAAAAGAUUGAUGUUAUAUGCAAUGUAGCUAUAUUAUGUGAAAAUGAGUAUGUUAUUAAAACAUGCACAAGUCUAAUAAAGUCUAUGACCAACAGUGA